AUGGCCCCGCACGCGGGACAGCCGGGAGCUCGGGGGCCGCUGCUGCCGGGGCUGCUGCUCGUGGCGGCGGCGCUGAGCCGGCCUGCCGCGCCCUGUCCCUUCCAAUGCUACUGUUUUGCCGGCCCCAAGCUGCUAUUGCGCUGUGCGUCCGGCGCCGAGCUCCGGCAGCCGCCGCGGGACGUACCACCCGACGCGCGCAACCUCACCAUCGUGGGCGCCAACCUGACCGUGCUGCGCGCUGCCGCCUUCGCCGGCGGGGACGCGGACGGGGAGCAGAAAGAGGCAGGCGUGCGCCUACCGCUCCUGACCGCGCUGCGCCUCACGCAAAACAACAUCGAGGUGGUGGAGGACGGCGCCUUCGACGGGCUGCCCAGCCUAGAGGCGCUGGACCUGAGUCAGAACCCAUUGCGCGCCCUGGGCGGCGCCGCUUUCCGCGGGCUGCCGGCGCUACGCUCGCUGCAGCUCAACCAAGCGCUGGCGCAGGGCGGCCCCGCGCUGCUGGAGAGCCUGGACGCCGCGCUGGCUCCGCUGGCCGACCUGCGCCUCCUAGGCCUGGCAGGCAACGCACUGAGCCGCCUGCCACUCGCCGGUCUGCGCCUGCCGCGCCUGGAGCAGCUGGACGCGCGCCGCAACGCGCUUGCUGGCCUGGGCACCGACGAGCUUCGCGCGCUAGAGCGAGAUGGCGACCUCCCCGGGCCGCGCCUCUUGCUCGCCGACAACCCUCUGCGCUGUGGCUGCGCUGCGCGCCCCCUGCUGGCCUGGAUACGCAACGCCACGGAGCGCGUACCCGACGCGCGGCGCUUACGGUGCGCCGCCCCGCGGCCGCUGCACAACCGGUCGUUCCUGGACCUGGAUGAGGCCUGGCUGCGCUGCGCCGACGGCGACGCGGAUGGUCGCGGGGAAGAAGUGGAUCUCUCAGGCCCGGAGCUAGAAGCCUCCUACGUCUUCUUCGGGCUAGUACUUGCGCUCAUCGGCCUCAUUUUCCUUAUGGUGCUCUACCUAAACCGUCGCGGCAUCCAGCGCUGGAUGCGCAACUUGCGCGAGGCCUGCCGGGACCAGAUGGAGGGCUACCACUACCGCUACGAGCAGGACGCCGACCCGCGUCGCGCGCCCACUACGGCUGCCCCCGCCGGCUCCUGCGCCACCUCCCCAGGCUCAGGCCUCUGAGCUUCGCCUGUCAGGGAUUAGGGGCUGCCUCUGCCAGCUGAUGACCUUACUGGGGCUGCCUGGCCUGCCCCUUCCUGACUUGAAGCCGUGGGUAUGAGACAUCCACGGCCUUGGGGCUCUGAGACCUGCCCCAGACUGGCCUGAGACCUCUGAAUCAUGGCAUUCCCCCACCCAGAGACUCCAGUCUGCCCCCCUUCUCCCCAGUCCCUGUGAGCUCCUACCGUCAUAGACCCUGAGACACCUUUGUUGAUUCCAAAAACCCCACCCUUCUGUCCCAGGCUCUAACACAUCCCUGCUGAACCACCGAAAUCCUCCUCCCCCUUUUAAGACUUACUCAGACCCCGUCCUUCAAACAGGAAGAUCUGAGACUGCCUGCACCGACCUCUGCUUUGAGACCUGAUCUCUCCAACAGGAAACAUCAAGCGCUAACACUCUAGGCUGCCCUAUCUGUAGCCUGGAGCCCUAAGCUCCCUUGCAGGGCUCAGGGGCCCUCACAUCGUGUUCUGAUCUCUGGAGGAGAGCCCCCCUAUCGGAAGGUUUUUGUGGGCUUUGAGUCCUUGGCCUAAUCCCAGACUUCAGAGUCCUCCAUUGUGCACAGAGACCCACAUCCUAGAUCUCUGGGUGUGCCCACCCCCAAUCUGAGGAUGUAUUUCACACCCCUGC